AUGAAGGGCAAGAAACGCAGAAAUUAUGACUCUUCACGCUUCAAGGAGGCUUAUAUGAAAGUUAUAAAGGAUAAUUGGUCAGUGUACAAGGCGUCGAAGGAAUAUGGCAUACCGUGGUCUAUUUUGAGAAGACACAUAGCUACUCAUGGAGGUGAAAGUUUCGACUUACCUAAACUUGGGAGACCAUUCACAUUAGACAGCGACCUUGAAUGUAAGUUUGUUUCCUACAUAAUUAAAAUACAAGAACUAGGAUUUGGUCUCAGCGUCACAGACAUCAAAGCUAAAUGUUACGCUUUAGCAAUUGAAUCUUCCACUGAUAAUGCCCAAGCUUCUGCUGUCAAUCGUGAAACUGCGUCACCUUCAGUUUUCUCUUUACUUUCCGUUCCUGAGGUACCACAGUCUUCUUCUUCUAGUACCCGACGAGCUAAGCGGAAUCCACAGGCCCGAUAUUUAACACCUCAAAGCACGAACAACAUGGACAGUCCUGAAGAAAACAUCGUCGCCCUAUCAAACGAAACCACAGUCGCCGUUACCAGUGAGGAGACCGUUACCUCGAUUCGUGUCCCCUCUGCUUCUCCAACUCCUGCACCUUCAACUGAAAGCAACCUGAAGCGUAAACUACCAAGAGUCAAGGUAGAGAAAACACCAAAAUCAAAUAAAAGUACGAUGUGUGACUAUUGCGGUGUUCACUACUCCCAAGAUGUGGCACUUAGGAACGGAGCUGUAUGGGUAGAGUGCAUGAGCUGCGGCAAAUGGUAUCACCAAGAAUGUACUGGCACAGAGUCGCCACAGUUCCUGUGUGAUAAUUGUGAUAAAGUAGACUUUUCAGGCACUGAUGACAGUGAUUGGGCACCUGAAUAG